AUGGAAAGCCAAAAAGUCUCCAAAUCAUAUCAGGCAUUUCCAAUGAAUGGUGGAGAUGGGCAGCAAAGUUAUGCUCGAAAUUCCAUGUAUCAGCGAAGAGGAACAGAUAUUACUAAAAACAUUAUCAGAGAGACCAUUCUUGAGAAGCUAGAUCUGGAAACACUUCCGCAGAAUUCCUCUGAUACUUUUCGCAUAGCAGAUUUGGGCUGUUCAGUUGGACCAAACACAUUUUUCACUGUUCAAAACAUUAUAGACUCCGUGGACCUUAAAUAUCAAUCUCAAGAAUACAAUAAAGACUCAGUUGAAUUUCAAGUGUUUUUCAAUGAUCAUGCUGGUAAUGAUUUCAACACACUUUUGAAGUCCCUCCCUGAGGACAAGCAGUAUUUUGCAGCAGCUGUGCCUGGUUCCUUUCAUGGCAGAUUGUUUCCAGAAUCAAGCAUUCAUGUCUUCAACUCAUCUUAUACUCUUCAUUGGCUCUCAAAAGUGCCUAAAGAAAUAGUUGACAAGAACUCUCGAGCCUAUAAUAAAGGGAAGAUUUACUUUACAAGUGAAGAUGAGGAAGUUGCAGAGGCAUAUUCUGCACAAUUUGAAAGAGACCUUGAAAGCUUCCUGAAUUCAAGAGUCUUAGAACUUGUUCCUGGGGGCAUCAUGAUUCUUAUCAUUCUCUGUGUCCCACCAAAUUCCUUGAAUAGAUUCGAAGCUUCUGUAAAUAUCAUUGGCGAUGUUCUUGUGGAGAUGGCCAAAAAGGGUUUAAUAAGUGAAGAACUGGUUGAUUCAUUCAACAUUCCCAUCUACGUUCCAACAUCAGAAGAGGUGAAGAAAUUGAUUAAGGAGAAUGGGAAUUUCAAAAUUGAGAAGUCAGAAUUAUUAUUUCGCCUAAUUGACAACGAUACGUAUCAAAUAGAUGCUCAUAGUUCGAGUAUGCACUUGAGAGCUGCGUUUGAAGGAUUUUUUAAGGAAAACUUUGAGCAAGACACUGUGGAUAAUGUUUUUGUACAGUUUGAGAAGAAAUUGGCAUCAGAAUCCAACUUCCUUGCAGACCCAAGUUCCAAGGAAUUGGGAGAGUUAUUUAUCAUGAAGCGCAAAUGA